AUGCAGCUCUCACUUGUUUUCACGAUACUCGCAACCUUUGCCGCUAUUGCUGUGGCACAUCCCACACCGGAAUUGGGGACGAAACCUUUGGCUCAGUACAAAGAGCUUCCCUCUAACAUCAUUGGUGCCAUUGACACUAGGGGCCCUGAUUCGCCUGAUUCACCUGAUUCACCUGACUCUCCCGACUCCCCUGACUCCCCUGACUCCCCCGACUUACCUGAUUCGCCUGACACCCCCGACUCGCCUUCCAAGCGUGAGAAGACCGAACCUCACUAUGUCUACGAGAGAGAGGCUUCCUACCAUUCCAACAUUGAGAAGCGCUAUGACUAA